GCUCCUCAGGAAGGGGGGGGGGGCCGUGUAAAGAUGCUGCGGAGUUGAGCUCCAUCAUCCAUCACACUUCUUCUGAGUUGGAAGCGGAAAGAUGGCUGAAGACAACCAAAGUCAAGUUUCCAACCGGACCGCGUCGGACCUUUUCAGGCAGCUGGAGGACGUGGACGUGUCGGCGGACGGGAGCCCGCUCCUCCGCGUCCUCAUCUGCUGCGUGUACUCCGCGGUGUGCGCCGCGGGUCUGCUGGGCAACCUGCUGGUUUUCCUGCUGCUGGGCGCCCGGCGGCAGCGCAGGACGUCCAGGUUGGAUUUCUUCGUGCUCAACUUGGCGGUGACCGACUUCCAGUUCGUGCUGACGCUGCCCUUCUGGGCGGUGGACACGGCGCGGGACUUCAGCUGGCCGUUCGGGGACGCCAUGUGCAAGGCGGUGCUGUCCGUCACCGUCAUGAACAUGUACGCCAGCGUCUUCUUCCUCACCGCCAUGAGCGUCACCAGGUACCUGGCGCUGGCGUCCGCGCUGCCGCACACCUGCGCGCGCAGCUCCCGCCGCUCCGACCGAUGCGCCUGCGCGGCGAUUUGGACGCUCGCCACCGCGGCCACGUUGCCGACGGCCGUCUUCUCCACCGUCAGCCGCGUCUCCGGGGAGAACCUGUGCCUGCUGAAGUUCCCCGGCGGCCAGGACUGGCUGGCGGUCUACCACCUCCACAAGAUCCUGGUGGGCUUCGUGGUGCCCAUCUGCGUGGUGUCCGUCAGCUACGUCCGGCUGCUGCGCCUCAUCCGCACCAGGAGCAUGAAGACCGCCAACCCCAGGCGGAGGUCCAGGGUCACCAAGUCCGUCACCAUCGUGGUCCUGUCCUUCUUCCUGUGCUGGAUGCCCAACCACGCCAUCACGCUGUGGAGCGUCCUGGUCAAGCUGAACGCGGCCAAGUGGGACCGGGCCUACUACGUGGUGCACACCUACGUCUUCCCGCUCACCGUGUGCCUGGCGCACGCCAACAGCUGCCUCAACCCCGUCAUCUACUGCCUCAUGCGGCCCGAGUUCAGGACCAGGCUGAGGCGGCUCCUCCACCGCGGACACGCCAACACUUAGCGAGGCGCGUAAUGCGUAAUUACGCACGGCUCUGCCGCGUCUGGCAACCGCUUGUGGGCACCGGGAGCAGGGGCGCCGCUAGGGAUUUUGGGCCCCAUGAAAAUAAUCUUUACAGGGCCCCCAACACAUAAUUUCAUCAUCAUUAGGGACCUCUCUGGGCCCCCCUCCGUCAUGGGCCCCUAGAAUCCGUCUCCUUUACCCCCCCCCCCUUUUCGACGCUUAUGGGGUCGAUCCAAAUAUGUCGUUAUUAGUGUUGU